AUGGCGGCGUGCCUUAGUGAAAGAAUGCGCUUUCAGAGCAGAGUGACUGUUUUCGGUAUUCCUCCUUGGUAACUGAACCUAAUUUUCAAGAUCGAAAUAUUAUUACAGAAGCGAGGGGCUAUCAUCGAAGAACGGUCAUGCACUCCAAUACUCCUUUUAACAGAAACUCUAUGGAAAAUGCUGAGUCAUACCAUGAAGUCUUUAAAGUUCUUGAUAGCCUAGGAAUGGCCGACUUAAAGGAGACUUUCCAGGAACACUGUAUUCAGGACCAAACUUUACGUUAUGUUGAAACAGAAGAUGAGCUCAAGCAAUUACUGAGGGAGAUAGGUAUUCCUCUUGGACGCUGUAUUCCAAUCAUGAAGUCCUGGAGGAAACGUUAUUCCAGUCAAGAAACAGUAAGGAGGAAAGAUAAAGUUUCAACUGCUGAGAAUUACUCACAGACCUCCACAGUUACUGUGGACGCGAGCAUACAAACUGAAGAUAUGUUAAUUAGUGCUGCUGAGUAUAACAAAUUACUUAACAAUAUGGCAGAGCUUAACACGCAACAAGAGCUUAUUAAUCAUUACGCUGCUCUGGCUAGUGGCGAGUUUAAUUUAAAACUGACGGAGGCACAAAGUGGCUCCCUCACCUCUGCUCAGGUCCCUUCUUCGUAUGGUACACAGUCCUUGGACCCUUAUACUGCUGCACAGCUGUGGUCCAACUUAAGUCAGUACCAAGAUCAAUUUAAUAUGUAUGGAGGCUUCCUGCAGGCAACCACAGCUAAUGCUCCAGGAGGUAUUAUCCCGGACGGUAUAGGGAGUGAGGCGUCUACAGUUAUUUAUAAUCAAAAUAUGAAUGAUGUCAAUCAUAUGAUGGUACCAUCUGCACCGUCUCCUGUACCUUCUCAAGAUAUGGGACAAUAUCAGAGAGUGACAGCCAAUGUCUCUGAGCGUAAGGAUAUUGUUGAUGAGAGAGAAGACCUGGCUAUCGAGCAGUCGUUGAAAGACGUUGAAACUAUGGAAUUAGAGUCUCAACAUUCGUAUGCUUCAGCUCUUAAUACUGAGGCAGCAGACCUUAGUCAAGACAGCCAGCAUAAUUAUGGUUCAAUCAGUGAGCAGACUUCUUAUUAUAUGCAGUCGAGUCAGAGAACACCUUCAACUUAUACCAGUCACUCUCAAGUCCGUCCAACCCCAACCACAGCAAGGCCAGUGCCGUCUGAAAAACUCGACACCAGUCGCUUUGCCAAAUGUGAUGACAUAUCUUUGGAGAGCGGAACAUCAAGGCUACCAUCAAGUGUACAGAGUGUGGGACCACAAACCCUGCAGGGAUAUUUAGAUAGUUUACCAGAAUCGAACGAAUACAAGGAAGCUAUGAAGAGUAAAAACCCCAAAAAAGGAUGGAAACCAAUUGAUGGGAAACAUAUUCAGUCUGCGAAAAGGGUGGCUUUCAAACCGGUAUACUGGGAUAAAGAAGGGCGCAUGCGCCAUGGGGUGGCCGUCAGGGGAUCAGAUAAAUCCGAGGAGUGCUGGCGCCACGUAGAAGGAAAAGCUCCGGCUGGCUGUACAUUUGCACACUCUCGUCUGGGUGACACCCUGCAGUUUAUUUGCGUCAAGUGUUCUUAUGAGAGGAACCGUAAUGACUGGUGCUCAGACAAGACAAAACAUAAACAAUAUAUAUUUAAUCUCGGUCCGUAUCGUAACUUAGAAGGAGGAGUAUGGAAGAAAAUUUCUUAAAAUAACACGAGUGCUGGGUGCUUGCUAGAAAGCUUGCUUUACAGCGCAUACUGUACAGGUGAAUUCUAUCAAUGGACUGCUUAAGAGCAUUUUUCAUUUGAGUAUCGAAAAACCAAAACCAAAAUUAUUUCAUCGACCCGUCAGAGCAAAGGUUUACUUUAUAAUUAGCCAAUGAGAACUCAAAGUGGAAAUAAGCAAACUGCCUGGAGCGCGGGAAAACGCAAAUUGACCGAGUCGCAAUUGUUUUUAGUUUUGCAUCUGAUUGGUUGAGAGGAUGUUGCGAUUUUUUUGGACCAAUCACAGAGCAAGUUUCAAUGAAACCAAACAAAUCCUUGAUUAUUUUCGACACUCGAUUGGAAAUUCCUCUCCUCCAGUUAUGGGCGAAUAAUUAUUAUAUUUCGAUUUUUUUUCAGCAUAUGAAGGUUCUAGUAAAAUAUGACGGCUGGUGUGGUACAUAUGUGCCAGGAAAAGGUUUUGGGCUUGGCUUUUAAGGUUUGUCGUUUGUGUGAUGCUUACCUUGACAUAAUGAAAAAUUUAUGCACAAAAAUACCAAAAGAAUAAUAAUAAAGAAGAAGGAAAAGGGUCGCGUAGAUAAACAGAAAAUGAAAACUGCACAAAAGGUUCUCUACACAGGUUACAUCGCAACCACUGACAGUGUUUUCUGUUGCUACAGAGGAAUUUUGAAGACAGACUCCCAAACUGUUUAGAAAUAGUUAAGCUUUCAUAUGCAUAUUCAGGUACUAAAGAUAACUUUUUCCUUUCCUAUUCUUUUUAAAGUAUGUAGUUAGUCUUCCUAGUCAUCUCGGCAUGUUUAAAAUAGGAUUUUCACUUGAAAAUGUGGCCAAAAUGGCCUAUUUUCGUACGCAUGAAAGAGUAAUUGGGCUGGUGUAUGAAGAAAGAAGUCUCAUGAUAGUGGUGAUCACUGGUUAAGUGUUGGUAUUGAUUUACUCUUUGUUAUGAUGAGGAAUAUUUGUUGAUGGUGAGAUUUUAAAGUGGCCCUUCGCCAUCUUUUGAGUCGUUCUUAAGAUGCUGGUUGUUUUCAUACAGUAAUAAAACCGAAAACAAACAUUUUUCGAGGAUAAAUGAACACCAAAGGGAUGGUAAUAGAGCGAUAGAAAAAAGAUACUGGGUUGAGUAUUUAAAAGGAUUGCAAAAAGGAUAAAGGUUGGAGUAUUUAUGGGGAUAGCUGGUGUCAAACAAGCGAUAACCAUGUCGGUCUCGGAAGCUCAAAGCCCAGAUGU